GAUUGUUCUGUGCUGACUACUGACACUGACAACUGUACAUAACCUAACAUUUUACAUGUGUAUAAGGUACAAGCAAAUACAAGUCCGUAUAACAGUGUUUAAGUAAUUGUAGAUCUAUUUUCCUAAUUUAAUAUGACUCGAUUUGCAAGAGCAAAAGGCUCAAAAGCAUCAAAUGAAAGGGUUCCAGAAGAAGCUACACCCUGGAACCAAAUGAAACAGCAAUUAUUAGAUAAAGAUAAAGAAAUUUCUGAAAAGAAAAACAGACAAGAGGCUAUUGAUAAGCGCAAUGCGAAUUAUAGAGCCUUUUUAGAAGAAAAGGAAGAGGAGGAAAGUAAACAUGUAGAGUGGGCAGAAUUUCCAGAUGAAACCCCAUCAACAUUUGCUAGAACGAAGAAAAAUUCAUUUUCAAAGACUGAUAAUUGUGUAAUUCAAAACGUCGAUCAGAGUCAAUCUGGUAAAAAGAAAAAAAAUAAAUCAGUCUCUAAGCAAUAUGACACAUCAUUUGAUGAAACUAUGGUCAAUAUAGAUGAUGAGUUAUCAGAUAAUGAUGAAACAUUUGUAGCUUUGAAAGAAAAACUUGAUAAAAUAUUAAGUGAGCCAAAAUCAAAAGUUAAUAAUCCUCAAGAGAAUGAUGAUAGUGAUGCUCCUCCAGAUGAGCAAAGUUCCAAAGUGGAAGUUUCAACUCCUCCAGCUAAAAUAAAGAAAGGGAAAAAGAAAAAGGUACCAAUCAAAAUAGAAAGUGUUAAUCCUAAAGGUGAGAAUAUCGAGAAAUCAGAACAGCAAUCUAAAAAACGAAAAUCUGAUGAAGAAAAUAUGCCAAAUAAGAAAAAGCUUAAAACUCAAGGUGAAAACAAAAGUAAAGAUAUCAUAAACAAAAAGGGAAAGAAAGAUCAAUCCACGAAACAGAAAGGUGCUAAUCAACCUAAAAAGAUUAUUAAGGAAAAUUUGACGGAACUAGAUUUAAAAAAGAUUGAAAAGAAAAAACAAAGAAGAAUUAAACAAGUAGAAAAGAAAAAGAGACUAAAAGCUGAAUUAAAAAAGCAAAAAGAAGAAGAAGAGAAAUUAAAAGUAGAAAAUGGCGAAGCAUCAGUUAAAUUAGAAAUUUCAAAUGAAAAAAGUAUGGACAAUAAAAAUAAUAAUAAAUUUAAUUCAUCACAGAAACAAAAAGAUUUUAAAAAUUUUGAAAAACCUAAUCAAUUCAAUAAAAAAUUUGAGAAAAAACUCCCAAAAAGGAAAGAUGGUAAGGAACCCCAACGAAAGAAGCCCCUUUUGCCCACAAAAAUGUUUAUAAAUGGAAAGGAGGUUGAAGUAGACUAUGUAGAUGGAUUUCCAGUCAAAAAGGAGGAUGCUGUUAGGUUGAAAAAGCUUCGAAGGGAAAUGAUAAGUAAAGGACUACCAAGAAGUGAAAUCGACAUAGCUUUGAAACUAGAAAGGAGAAGAGCUGAAAAGGCUUUUACUAGAGAAAAGAAAAAGGUAUGCUUCAACUGUCGAAAAUCAGGUCACAAUUUGUCAGAAUGCCCAGAAUUGAAUAAAGAUCAAGUUUCAACAUCUGCAUCAGGAAUAUGCUUCAAAUGUGGCUCAACGGAACAUACUCACUUUGAAUGCAAAGUUGUAAGGGGGCAAGAUUUUAAGUAUGCCCAGUGUUUUAUAUGCAAUGAACAAGGACACAUAUCUAGGCAAUGUCCUGAUAACGCUAGAGGACUGUAUCCUAAAGGUGGAUCGUGUAAGGUGUGUGGAGAUGUUACACAUCUAAAGAAAGAUUGCCCCAAAUAUCAAGCUCAACAGGAACAUUUGCAGAAUAAUUUAAAUAUUGAAACUAUUGGUAGCAGCAAUCCCGAUUGCCUUGAUAAUGAGGGCAAUCAUAAUCAAUUUAGCUUAGGUAAUAAACGACCUAAUAAAGUUAUUAAGUUUUAAAUGUAUAUAAAAUAAAUAUAUUACAG